UAUAAUUUUAGGGUAUUACUGUUUCUGUGCUGAAACUUCUCUUCUCCUUUUUCAUUUGUUUCUUCUUUGAAGGGUAUGGUGAACGAAAAACUAAAGCAUAGAGCAGCAGAAUAAUCAGAUAUCAAGUUGGAAAACAAGAUCGAAUUUCCCUUCACACGCGCGUAACUGAUGAUGAAUGAAGAAGCAGCAAGAUGAAUCUAACGACGAUGAUGAUGGAAACAAAGGAAGAAGGCAUGAUAAUAGAAGAGAACAAGAAGAAGAGCAAUGAAAAUGACAAGUUUACCCUGAAAGGAUCGGCGGCGGCGUCGUCAUCAACAAGGCAAUGGUCGGCGUUUCGGAAUCCAAGAAUCGUGAGGGUAUCAAGGUCAUUUGGGGGAAAAGACAGGCACAGCAAGGUUUGCACCAUAAGAGGGCUUCGUGACCGUCGGAUCAGGCUCUCAGUCCCCACCGCCAUUCAAUUGUACGACUUGCAAGACAAGUUGGGACUCUCUCAACCAAGCAAAGUCAUCGAUUGGCUUCUUGAUGCUACAAAGCUUGAUAUCGAUAAGCUUCCCCCUCUUCACUUCCCUCAGCCCUGCUUCCAACCGCCGCAAACCCUAUUCCCUCAUCUUCUCCAUGACCCUUCCUCUUUCUGGAAACCCAGGUUCUGGGAAUUGGACUCUUCCGCUUCCUCCUCUUCUUCUUCCAGGUUUCUCAAAGGGAAGGACUUGAUGACCACCAUGCCUUCCGAUAAUAAUAACAAUAAAGCCAAGUGGAUCUUCAAAUCAAACAAUGCAGAUCAUGAGAAUCAAGAAUUUGGAGGCGGUUACACUACUCAGAGACUUUUCCCAAUGGAGACUCAGACUACUACUAAUAAUAAUCCUUUUCAGAGUUUGUUCUUCAGCAACAACAACAACAACAACAACUCUACUCCUGAGGCUUCUAAUUUGGGAAGCCAUGGAUUGUUGUUUCCUUCUAGUUCUUGUUCUUCUUCUUCUACAAGUCUUUAUCAUCACCAUCAUCAAGUGGGAGAUUACUAUGGCAGUUAUCCAAUGAUGAAUAACGGGGGUUUGAUGCAAUUGAACCAUUUAUCUUCUUUGCAAGUAGGCCCAUCUGGUUCCUCACAAUUAUUGUUUGGUCCUUUAUCUUCUGCUACUGCUGUUGCUGCUGCUACACCGCAGAUUUUCACACCUUAUGCACCAUUUGUAACAACCCCAUCAUCUCUUCUGGAAGGUAGUAGUCAUAAUAAUAAUAAUAAUAAUAAUGGCGGUGGUGAUUCAAUAAAACAACAGCAUCAAUUCAUCAAUAGUCACAUUCAUCAGUUCUUGAACUCAUCGUCCUCAUCCACAUCAUCAUCAUCAUCAACAAGCCUU